UCAGCUUUUGGAAACACAUAUCGUUUUACUUUUCUACGUUCUCUUUGACAGCCAAACAAAUACAAUAGGAAAGUCAUAAAUUUACAUUCCCUCCUUUCGGCCAAUCCUUUAAGCUAUAAAUCGCUACCCUACAGUACAACUGCCAUCCAACUUAGGCCUACCAAUACCGGCGGUAUACGGACCACCAAAUUACAGGCAAAUCCGACUAGUUUCAUCCCCUACCCAAAUGCUGCCAACCAAUAGAAACCUCGCGGCCCUACCCGCCUAUGUCCGAUGGGCGGUCCAGCUGGCCACGUCCCGGAUAGGUGGAAGAUUCGCCCACUCGACGCGCCGGAGCCAGGGCGCUGGGGAUCCGAAGAAGAUCGACGAGCACCUGUGCCGCCAGCGGGAUGAGCCCAAUCCGGAGUACCACCAUGCCCCGCGAUGCUUCGUGAAGAACUUCCAUAAGUACCAGGAGCAGGCGCAGGAUCGCGGAGAGCUGCAGACGACCCGCUUCCGCAAUCCGCGAUACCGCUGGGCGGACUUCCGGCGACGAAUGGUUUAUGGAACCUACGACAUCUAGACGGUUUCUCUUGAUGCUCCCUGCAAUCACCUUUCGUCCGGACUUGUCUUGUACGAGUAUUACCCACCAAUCGAUCCAUAACGAAGUAUCCAAACCCAUAUGCAUAUUGUAAAGUAGUAAGAAUUUUGUGGCCAAAAACGGAUCCAGCUCGGAUGUCCGCUCAAAUUUCAAUAUAAU